CCACAAGCUGUUUCGCUCUCGGGCUGUGGUCUCGGUCGAGGUUCUCUCUCUACAUUGUAGUACAAACAGCCCAUGGAGCGGCACAGAGGUGAAGAGGAGGAGCUGCCCCCGGCCGCCAAGAUGGAGGCUCCUCUCCCAGAUGGAUCCAGGAGGAGAAGUCCCCCCGAGAGAUGUCCCCGUCCUCUGUAUUCCCAGGACUGUCCAGAGGAGAAGCUCCCAGAGAACCAUCAGGAUGAAAAUCUGAUGGAUAUUAAGAUUGAGGUUAAAGAUGAAGAAGAAGAGGAGACGGAUUUAUGGGGCGAUCAGCAGGAUGGAUUUAUAGAAAGAAGUCCCCCCGAGAGAUGUCCCCGUCCUCUGUAUUCCCAGGACUGUCCAGAGGAGAAGCUCCCAGAGAACCAUCAGAUGACAAAUCAGAGGGAAGAUGUGACUGAUAUUAAAGUGGAGGAUGAAGAAGAGCGGAUGAUGUGCGAUCCCCUGUGUAAAAGUGAGGUGGAGGAGGACAUUCCAGUCCAUGUGACCACAGGAAAUCCCAGAAAGAAGUCUGAGGGAAACGUCAUGUUAUCACAAUAUUAUAAAGAAGAAAAUAAAGAUAUCAUGCAGCGCUCUUCAGGAGGAAACCUCAUUACCUGUAAUGCACAUCCAGGACCUCACAGUGCAGAUCUAUCAAAUAAUCUGCCUAAUCAUGAAGAACCUCCUCUUGACAGAUCACAGAUUGUUACCACAACUACUGGGCAGAAAAGGGGUAAAAGGUUUCAGUGUGAGGAAUGUGGUAAAGAGUUUACAAAAAGCUUAGGGCUUGUUAUACAUAGGAGAAUUCACACAGGAGAGAAGCCAUACUCAUGUUCAGAAUGUGGGAAAUCCUUUACAAACAAAUCACAUCUUGUUAGACAUCAGAGAAGUCACACAGGAGAGAAGCCGUAUUCGUGUUCAGUAUGUGGGAAAUAUUUUAUCCAGAAAUCAUGUCUUGUACAACAUGAGAGAGUUCACACAGGAGAGAAGCCGUAUUCCUGUUCAGAAUGUGGAAAAUGUUUUACUCAAAAAUCAAGCCUUGAUCAGCAUAAAAGAAAUCACACAGGGGAGAAGCCAUAUUCCUGUUCAGAAUGUGGGAAAAGCUUUACCCAAAAAUCAGUCCUUGAUCAACAUAAGAGAAGUCACACAGGAGAAAGGCCGUAUCCAUGUUCACAAUGUGGGAAAUGUUUCAUAGAGAAAUCACAUCUCGUUACACAUCAGAGAAUUCACACAGGAGAGAAGCCGUAUUCAUGUUCAGAAUGUGGGAAAUGUUUUACAAAUAAAUCACAUCUUGCUAUGCACAAGAGCAGUCACACAGAGGAGAAGCCAUAUUCAUGUUCAGAAUGUGGGAAAUGUUUUAAAGAUAAAUCACAUCUUGCUGUGCACCAGAGAAGACACACAAAGGAGAAACCUUAUUCAUGUUCAGAAUGUGGGAAAUGUUUUAAACAUAAAUCAUAUCUUGGAAAACAUGAGAGAAUUCACACAGGAGAGAAGCCGUAUUCAUGUUCAGUAUGUGAGAAAUGCUUUACCGAUCAAUCAAAUCUUAUUGUACAUCAGAGAAUUCACACAGGAGAGAGGCCGUAUUCAUGUUCACAAUGUGAAAAGUGUUUUACAAAUAGAUCAGAACUAGUUACGCAUGAGAGAAUUCACACUGGAGAGAGACCAUAUUCUUGUGCAGAAUGUAGAAAAUGUUUUAGAAGUAAAUCAGAUCUAAUUAAACAUGAAAGGAGCCGUAUUCAUGUUCAGAAUUUAGGAAAUGCUUUAGAAGUAAAUCAAAUCUAAUUAAACAUGAGAGAAACCAAAUUCAUGUUCAGAGUGUAGGAAAUGUGGACAUAAAUCAUAUUUUGUUAAGCACUGGAGAAUUUUCACAAGAGAAAAGUGGUAUUCAUAUUCAGAAUGUGGGAAAUGGAGACCGUGCUCCUUUUGGGAAUGUGAGAAAUGCUAUGCAUCUAGUCACAGACAUUAAAUAGCCAAUAAGGUGUUAUUUUUUCGGUGGAAUCAGACUGGAUCUGAAAAACACAGGAGAUAAACAGUGACCAAGAUCCAAGGAGGAAAAGUAUUGUGGAAAUGAGGAAUAAAAGUAGAACCUUGUGCAGUGAUAAUGGAUUGUCCCCAUGGACCUUCCUCGUAUGGCGGAUUUAUGUGGGACUAUUAUCAGACUGAUUAUCAGAAACUAAUGUUCCUUCAUUGCUGAUCACCGAAUGGACGAGCAAAUGGUUGUUUAUCCAGAGAAGUAAUCCUUCAUACAGCACCAAGAAUCAUCGCUCAUGAGCAGCAGAUCCCGCUGGGUAAAUGGUGACCUGCUGCCCAGAAACAAUCAGUAUGGAGUCAUUGCUGGUCCUCAUACAGUGGAGUAAAUGCAGCUCUCAUUUUCAGUUAAUUACCUGCCCAGUCGGCACAUUCCGCAGGAGAAUCCAAACAGAUUAUAGUGGGACAGGAGAGGACAUCCCAGGGGGACUUUUAUGUAACAAAUGCUGGAAGAAAUGUUCCAAAGUUCGUAACGAAUUGGUUCGUUAUUAACUGGUUUUCUGAUCUCUAAUACACAGUGAUUGCCAUAGGGAGAGAAGCCAGAUACGGAUGGAUUAGAGCUCAGCUUCUCUGUGUAAUAGCUCGGAAUCCAUUUAUUUUAUGAAAAUAUUAUACAAAAAGUAACCAGACCUCAUUAUACCCUUUUUGUGGCAUUGACAUGGUUAAUUUAACAUGCAGAUAUUUCAGCUACAUAUGAAUAUAUAUAUAGUGAUAUGAACAGACUGAAGAACAGGCCUUUGUGUGCUUUACCUUUUACUCAUGCCCCCUCCAUCGGAUACCAAAAUAAACUGGUGUUUUCUGAGCCGAUCUGUCCCUUUCCUCUGACAAAAUGUACUAAAGUGACCUGACUUUAUUACAGGCACAGUGACUUUAAAAAAAAUCCUUCUGGUAAAUUGGAAACGCCCUCUAGUUCGGCAUAAUAUCACUCCACUGUCACCUAUGAGUAUAACAUCAGCACAAAAACUGCCAGGAGCUUCAUGGCAUGGGUGCCCAUGGCCACUGCAUGCCAGCCUUCCAUCAGCAAGCACAGGGCCAGUGGCUGGGUUUGUCGUGGCCCCAACGCUACACUAGGUCCCCCGGACACCUUCGAGGUGUCACCAUAUGUUGCUGCUCUCGAUAGUAGGACAAGAUGAAGGAGCAAGUGGUUGUUGUUUUUAAUCACCAACAAGUCAGAAAAGAUGCAGAAAGUGGUCCCCGUUCAGGUCCCUGCAUCUUUGGACAGGUCGGACUCUGUCGGCUGAUACUGCUUGCAGCUCUUCAGCAGUGACUCUGCGGAUGGUGUUUGUGAUGUUCUCCUUGAGUUCAUCCAGGGGAUGUGGAUUGUUAGCGGACACUUUCUGCUCGCAUGUGGACAAGUCUGGGGAAAGUGGCGGCCAUAACCCCUCGUUCACAGUUCACUCCUCUGUAAACAGUUCAUGAAUCAGUCCAGUAAGCUCCGUGAGGUGCGGCAUGUCGCUCCAUCUUGUUGGAAAGAAGCAGGACAUUUUUUCUUCUGCAACAUCUCUGCUAUAGAGUUGUAGGCAGUAUCAGCCAACAGGAUCCGACCUGCCC